AUGGAAGUGAGCUAUGACGAAACCUUUUUAGCCUUAUGCAUCUGGAAAAACAAUACAAACUGAGCCAUUCGACUUCUUGAAGCCAAGAAAACUUUUGACGUUGGCUACCGAAAUGGCGAGCUUUUUAAAAUUGCAAUCGGCCACAAAAACACCCGAGUCUUUAAAGCACUUGUGGACUAUUAUAGAAAAACUAAACUAACGAACCAUGAUUCUUAUAAAUAUACAGUCAACAAAAUAAAGCUUCUUAAUAUUCUGAAAGAAUGUGUGAUGACAAAAUCAGUUUCUUCAGAAAUUGAAGAAGUUAUUAAUGAAAUUUUAACUGAUGAAGUUAAAAACAGUGCAGGAAAACAAGAGGAAGCCGAAAAAAUGACCAUUGAAAUAGAAGAUGAAAGUGGGCAAGAAAAUUAA